AUGCCUGGAAAAACCGUACGCCACGGGCCAUGGCUCCUUGGAUGUUGGUUCUCCCGGCAAGCCGACGUGACCACACCUACGCAGCAUCGUUGCCUCUCCAGGUUCAGGGAAAUGAUUCUGUCCUAUUCAGAUGUUCAGAGGCCUUCAUACCCUGCCAGUUUGAUUUCGCGGAGCAUUAAAUUUCGCAUCGAUGAGCCGCACGAAUCAACGUUCAGAUGCGUUGAUUUUUUCAAGGUCUUCUUGGCAAAUCUUCGAAAAGGCCGUCACCCCAGGCACAAUAUCUUCAUUAUUCCUUCGCGGAUUUGUCGACUGUCCCCAGCUGUCCCCACACCGGACAACAGUUUUUCACAGGGGCGAAAGGGACCAGACUUCAUGUACGGUCAGCAGACAGAUUGUCCAACGGUAUCCAUCUUCUCAUUGGUUGCUGGCUCCAUGGACAGCGGAAGUCUCCUUUUCCAGAUCGAUCGAGCAAAUCUCGUCAGAUCACCUGCCUUCUUUUCUCCUCCUCUUAAGAUUUUAGCACGUUUCUCCGGAAAAGCUGCUUCCCGCGCGACGAACCCUGCAGUGGGGUACCGUACCUGGUCCCUAUAUAAUGCCCCGGAUUUUUUACAUUGA